GCCUACAAGCUAAAUCAGCGCGCAAGCKGUUGUACAGAAGCGCUUAGAUGAUUUUUCGUUGUUUUUAACUAAAUAAACUUCAAUAAUGCCUUAUGCUAACCAGCCUACGGUGAAAAUUACAGAGUUGACGGAUGAAAAUGUGAAAUUCGUCAUAGAAAACACAGAUUUGGCGGUUGCAAACUCUCUCCGCCGUGUUUUCAUGUCAGAAGUUCCCACAAUAGCUAUUGACUGGAUCCAGAUUGAUGCUAAUUCAUCCGUACUGCAUGAUGAGUUCAUAGCUCACAGAGUUGGACUCAUUCCUCUCACCAGUGAUGACAUUGUGGAUAAAAUGCAGUAUUCAAGGGACUGCACCUGUGAUGAUUUCUGUCCUGAGUGCUCUGUAGAGCUGACGCUGGACGUCCGGUGUACCGAGGAUCAGACGCGUCACGUCACAUCACGAGAUCUGUUGUCCAACAACCCCAGAGUCAUUCCRGUGACUUCCCGGAGUCGAGACAAUGAUCCAAACGACUACGUCGAGCAAGAUGACAUUUUGCUGGUAAAGCUUCGUAAAGGCCAGGAGCUCCGACUUAGAGCAUAUGCAAAGAAAGGUUUUGGUAAGGAACACGCCAAGUGGAACCCAACAGCAGGGGUGUCCUUUGAAUAUGACCCAGACAACGCACUGAGACACACAGUCUAUCCACGACCUGAGGAAUGGCCAAAGAGUGAAUACACAGAGAUUGAGGAGGAUGAGGUUCAGGCCCCCUACGAUCCAAAUGGAAAACCAGAAAGGUUUUAUUUCAACGUGGAGUCGUGCGGCUCUCUUCGACCAGAGACCAUCGUCAUGUCAGCGCUGGCGGUCCUCAAGAAGAAGCUGAGCGACCUGCAGACCCAGCUGAGCCAUGAGAUCCAGAGUGACGUUCUCACCAUCAACUAACAGAAACUUAACACAGCUUUGUUACCAGAGAAGACCUCAGUGGUCACUGUUCAGAUUUAAUCGCCUCUUCCCUGCUGGAUGAACUCUGAUCUAUUGUUUUUUCCUUGACCCARUGGAGAUUCAUGCUUAACUGUUGCAUUUUUCUGUUUCUGUAACCAGAAGUUUGUUUCAGUGAUUAUUGUAACAAAAGCUGAAAAUAGUAUCCAAGGUCACUGUUUCAGAAGGAGUUUUUGUAGCAGUUGGCAUAAAAAUGUUUUGUUGAUGGCAGGUUAAUCAUUCAAUCUGCUAAAUAAUCACUUUUGUUUGUUUUUUUAAAUAAAUGUUUGAAUAAGAUAUUUUGUAGUUUCAUGAAUCUCAGCAGAUUCUGAAUCUUGGUAUUUGCAUAAACAAGAUAAACUGAACUGAGAAUUAUUUUUUUACAAAAUAAAAUCUGAAAAUGUAAAUUUAAA